AUGGCGAAAUCAAGAAACUUCAGGAACCCGUUCUUUACAAUGUCCUCAUCACCAGUUUAUCACUUAGUCUCUGCCUCUCCAUUCACUUCUCUUCUUUUCUCUCCCAAGAAAAGCCCAAGAAACUACAACAAACUCUUAACACCACCAACUCUAUGCUUAAUUUCACUUCUUGUUUCCUUCACUCUCUUAGGAGUUUCCAUUCUUGGCUUCACACCCAAUUCUCAAGAUUCACUUCCAUGCUCUCUUAUCUCUCCUUCGUCUUCACUUCCAUUUCCUUCUAUGUCCAUUUCAUCAAUCCUUUUGACUUCCCUUUCUUCUGUUGUUCCCAAGAAUGUGGAGGAUGAGCCAAGAAUGGCAAACAGUUUAAUGACUCCAUUACCACUGCAGCCAGUUACUGGUAAUGUGUCAAAAGAGGAGAAAGAGUUCUGGGAGCAACCGGAUGGAGAAGGGUACAAGCCAUGUUUGGAUUUUAGUCUCAAGUAUCGAAAGGCAUCUGCGAGAAUUUCAAAGGAAAGAAGGAGGUUCUUGGUGGUGGUAGCCUCAGGGGGAUUGAACCAGCAGAGGAAUCAGAUUGUUGAUGCUGUUGUUAUUGCAAGAAUUCUUGAAGCAGCUUUGGUUGUGCCUGUUUUGCAGGUUAAUCCAAUUUGGGGUGAUGAGAGUGAAUUCUCGGAGAUUUUCGAUGCUGAGCAUUUCAAGAGAGUUUUACGAGCUGAUGUAAGAAUCGUAUCAUCCCUUCCCUCCACACAUUUGAUGUCAAGGCAGUCUAUUGAAAAUCAAAUUCCUUACGAUGUUUCACCAUAUUGGAUCCGUGCCAGGUUCUCCAGACUGCUGAAUGAUGAAGGUCUGCUUAUACUAAAAGCAUUAGACUCCAAACUUUCCAAGAAUCUUCAGCCCGAUCUGCAGAAGCUGCGAUGCAAGGUUGCCUUCCAUGCAUUGAGAUUUGCAGCACCAAUACAGGAGCUUGGGAAUAGGCUUGCAAGGAGAAUGUGGAUUGAAGGUCCAUAUAUUGCCAUCCAUCUCCGGUUAGAGAAGGACAUCUGGGUCAGAAGUGGAUGUCUAAGCGGUUUAGGCCCAGAAUAUGACAAAUUCAUCACCAAACUACGGGAGUCUCGACCUGAAUACCUUACUGGAAGGUUGAACAUGAACCAUGUUAGUCGAAGACUUGCUGGUCUUUGUCCCCUUAGUGCAUUAGAAAUUGCAAGGUUUUUAAAGGCUUUAGGAGCGCCAAGCACUGCUCGAAUAUACAUCGCUGGAGGAGAGCCAUUUGGGGGCAGCCUGGCUCUGGAGCCACUUGUUGCUGAAUUCCCAAAUGUUGUCACAAAGGAGAUAUUGGCAAAAGGAGGGGAACUAUCCCCGUUUAUCAAGAAGGCCUCGGCUCUGGCUGCUAUAGACUACAUCAUUUCAUUAAGCAGCAAUGUCUUUAUACCUUCCCAUGGAGGAAACUUUGGUCGAGUCAUGCAGGGUCACCGGGCUUACGUAGGUCAUAGGAAACACGUACGGCCUAACAAGCGAGCCAUGCUUCCUGCAUUCGAAAACUCCACCUUUUCAUCUGCUGAUUUCGCAGGCAUCAUCAAGAUGCUGCACAAGAAAUCUCAGGGCCAGCCUGAGCCUAGAACUAACAAGAGAGACCGCGAUGUGAUUGCAUAUCCAGUUCCUGAAUGCAUGUGCAAGCACAAAACACCAAUUUUUUGA